AUGACGUCGCACAAUGGCCGUACUCCGCGGGUAGUGGAGCCCGUUUGUUCCGCCCGCGCCGCCCCGAAAGCCGGAGCCUGUGAGAAGCGGAAGGGCCAAGCAGCGUCUUCUCCGCGCCGCCCCGACUCCAGCGGCGCCGUGGCCUCCUCCCCGCCCUCGCGCUGAGAACUGUGGGUCCCGAUGGAUGUGGCCGAGAGCCCUGAACGGGGUCCUCGCUCUCCCGAGGAAGAAGAGGAGCAGCAGGGGCUCUCGGACGACGACAUUCUGAGGGAGAGCGGGUCCGAUCAGGAUCUGGAUGGGGCUGGGGGCAGGGCCUCUGACUUGGAGGACGAGGAGGGGGCAGCCAGGGCGCCAGGCCAGGAGGAAGAGGACCCCUCCGAUGAGGAGGACCGAGCGAGCGAGGCCCAUGUGUUGAGCAGAGGCCCCAUGCACUCGCCGUGCGAGGAGGGGGACGAUGGGGACGAAGACCCGACAAGUGACCUCAGGGACGAAGCCUCCUCGGUCACCCGGGAGCUGGACGAGCACGAGCUGGACUAUGACGAGGAGGUCCCCGAGGAGCCGGCCCCUGCCGUGCAGGAGGAGGAGGCCGAGAAGGCUGUGGCGGAGGAGGAGGAGGAGAAGGGCGACGGUGCUCCCGGGGGCGCGGGGACGCCUGGGGCCCCCAGCGCGGGCGACAAGGACGCCCUGGAGGCCGCCAAGGAGAAGAAGAAAGAGGACGACGACGGGGAGAUCGACGACGGGGAGAUCGACGACGAUGACCUGGAAGAAGGUGAAGUGAAAGACCCCAGCGACAGGAAGGUGAGGCCUCGCCCCACCUGCCGGUUCUUCAUGAAAGAUGUGACAGCAUUGUCCACUCUUCCUCCACCACUGUCCAAUUCCAUUCCAUUCAGAGGCCAGGUUAAAGGGAACUGCACCUGGGGGAUGAACUGCAGGUUUAUACACCCUGGCGUGAACGACAAGGGGAACUACUCCCUGAUCACCAAAGCCGACCCCUUCCCGCCUAACGGCGCCCCGCCUCUCGGACCUCACCCACUGAUGCCUGCCAACCCUUGGGGAGGGCCCGCGGUGGACGAGAUUCUGCCCCCACCCCCGCCAGAGCCCCCGACGGAGAGCGCCUGGGAGCGGGGACUGCGGCACGCGAAGGAGGUGUUGAAGAAAGCGACCAUUCGGAAAGAACAGGAGCCUGAUUUUGAAGAAAAGAGGUUCACAGUGACCAUCGGCGAAGACGAGCGGGAGUUUGACAAAGAAAAUGAAGUCUUCCGAGACUGGAAUUCUCGGAUCCCCAGAGAUGUCAGAGACACAGCACUUGAGCCUUACGCGGAUCCCUACUACGACUACGAGAUUGAGCGGUUCUGGCGCGGCGGGCAGUACGAGAACUUCAGGGUGCAGUACACGGACGCCGAGCCGUACCACAGCUACCGCGAAAGGGAGAGGGACCGAGAGCGGGAGAGCAGACAGCGCGAGCGGGAGCGGGAACGCGAGCGGGAGCGCGAGCGGCGGCAGCGGGAGCGCGAGCGGGAGCGGGAGCGCGACAAGGAGCGGCAGCGGCGGAAGGAGGAGUGGGAGCGGGAGCGCGCCAAGCGGGAUGAGAAGGACCGGCGGGACCGGGACCGGGACAAGGAGCGGGACAAGGAGCGGGAGAAGCCGAAGCCCCGCUCCCCACAGCCGCCGAGCCGUCAAGCGGAGCCACCAAAGAAGGAGGCUGCGUCCGCGGGGCCCCAGGUGAAGCGAGCAGACGAGUGGAAGGACCCUUGGCGCCGAUCCAAGUCUCCCAAGAAGAAACUCGGGGUGUCGGUGUCCCCUAGCCGCGCACGAAGGCGGCGGAAAACAUCCGCUUCGUCCGCCUCUGCCUCCAAUUCUUCCAGGUCGUCCUCGCGGUCCUCGUCCUACUCCGGCUCGGGCUCGUCCCGCUCCCGCUCCCGCUCCUCCUCCUACAGCUCCUACUCCAGCCGCUCUUCCAGACACAGCUCGUUCUCAGGCAGCCGCUCCAGGUCCCGGUCUUUCUCGUCAUCCCCGUCCCCGUCCCCGACGCCGUCCCCACACCGGCCUUCUGUCAGAGCCAAGGGGGAGCCGGCCCCGCCUCCGGGGAAGGCAGGAGAGAAGUCUGUGAAGAAGCCCGCCCCACCCCCAGCCGCGCCACAGGCCACGAAAGCCUCUGCUCUUGCCCCUGAGCCCACCAAGCCUGGAGACCCUCGGGAAGUCAGAAGGAAGGAGCGACCAGCCAGGACCCCCCCCAGGAGGCGGACCCUGAGCGGCAGCGGCAGCGGCAGCAGCUACAGCGGCUCCAGUUCCCGGUCCAGGUCCCUGAGCGUGAGCAGCGUGUCCUCGGUGUCCAGCGCCACCUCCAGCAGCAGCUCAGCGCGCAGUGUGGACUCGGAUGACAUGUACGCGGAUCUGGCCAGCCCCGUGUCCUCGGCCAGCUCGAGGUCCCCCACCCCAGCCCAGACCAAGAAGGAGAAAGGAAAAUCGAAGAGAGAAGACGGGGCUAAAGAGGACAAGCGGAAGAGGGACUCGGCCACUCAGCCAGCCAAGUCCACGAGAGCCCUGGCAGGCGGCAAGUCCGCACAGCCCCCCACGACGCCCCAGCAGGUGCCCCCCGGGCAGCCCCCACAGGGCUCCUUCGUGGCCCACAAGGAGAUCAAGUUGACUCUGCUGAACAAGGCGGCCGACAAAGGAAGCCGGAAGCGCUACGAGCCGUCUGACAAGGACAGGCAGAGCCCCCCAGCCAAGCGGGCCAACUUGUCCCCGGACCGAGGGUCUCGGGACCGGAAGUCAGGUGGGCGGCCAGGCUCCCCAAAGCCGGAGCGGCAGAGAGGCCAGAACUCCCGAGCGCCUGUGGCCCCUGCGGACAGGAAGCGCCAGCUGUCCCCCCAGUCCAAGAGCUCCAGCAAGGUCACCAGCGUGCCUGGCAAAGGCUCGGAGGCGGGCGCGGCCGGCGGCAAGGCCGGCAAGGCCAGCACGCUGUCCCGGCGGGAGGAGCUGCUGAAGCAGCUGAAGGCGGUGGAGGACGCCAUCGCGCGCAAGCGCGCCAAGAUCCCGGGAAAGGUGUAGCCGCCGCGCAGGGCCCUCCCAGGCUGCGUCUUUUUAAUAAUUGAAAAGAAAAAGUGUUUCUCAGCUGGAAAGAAGCCACACAUGAGAUGAAGGCGACGCCGACUCCCAGCUCCCACCAGGCCUCCCCCCCAAGUCCCGGCGGGCGGCGGGGCCGCGCGGAUUCUCUGUAAAUUAUAGGGCCCCGCCGGCCGCCCCGUCCCCUGCCCUGGGCAGGCCUGGGUAGCCGGCCGGGCCCUCGGCGCCGCCUCCCUGCCGCGAGGCGCGAGACCGGACACUGGGUGACUACUGGCCGCCUCCCCUCCCCAGGGUCAGAAAUAUAUAUAUAUUCUUGGCUCCAGUCUGGUUGGGGACGAUUUCCUGUCUCUUAUUUUAAGCAUCAAAUUGUUUUAGUUGAUUUAAAAAAGAAGAAAAAAUUUCAGAAAAGACCAAAAAAAAAAAAAAAAAGGCCAAGGGUGGUGUUGGGGCGUCUGAUGUGGAGGGUCUUUUUUUGAGGGUUCUCCUAAAAUAAAAUAUUUUGAUAAGCA